AACCACUUCAGACGUAACAGGUAGCAAGGUGGCAAGCUCGACUUGUUCUGCAAGCAGCAUGGGAUCGACACCACAAAGACUUCUCGGCGUUUGCGCCGUGCUGAUGGCGAUAGCCGUCGCUAAUGCUGCCUCUGGCGAGGUGGCGUCUGUUGUCAUCGGCCUGGCCAAAUGUGCCGACUGUACGAGGAAGAACAUGAAGGCUGAGGCGGCUUUCAAGGGCCUUAAGGUGGCGAUCAAGUGCAAGGAAGGCAAUGGUGAGUACACGAGCAAGGCUGUCGGCGAGCUCCAAAGCUCUGGUGCUUUCAGCGUCCCUGUCUCCGUCGACCUCCACGGCGCCGACUGCCUCGCACAGCUCCACAGUGCCGCGGGCACGCCAUGCCCGGGACAGGAGCCAUCCAGGAUCACGCCGCUGGCAAAUGGCAGCUUUGUAGCCAUCCCCGCCGGGAAUAUGCAAGUGCAACAACCGUCAGCGGUGUGCGCAUCCGUGACAAUCUGCGGCCCGAUCGACCCGAUCAUAAGGCGUUUCUUCGACCACUUCCACAAGAAGCCUGUGCCGCCGAAGCCCCAGCCAGGGCCCAAGCCAUCGACGAACAGCAGCUCACCGGCACCCUCGGCCGGCUCCCCAACUCCGGGCAUCCACAACUUGUUCGAACACUUCCACAAGAAGACUGUGCCACCACAACCUAAGCUAGUGCCCAAGCCGCAGCCAGCAGGAGGAGCGCCGUCCUCUAACACAACACCGUCUGUGUCACCGACUCCGAUCUACCACCCUCCGGCCAAGCAUUGAAUCCGUUAUGUUUGCCCCUGAGCUGCAUGCAUAUGGUAAUCUUGCGUGACGUUGCUGCACUACUCAUUAUUUGCAGCAGAAUAAUGGUUAUAUUACAAGUGUGACUUGUGAGACUUUUCUUUUUACCAAGAAACAAGUGUGAGACUGGAGUCAUAUGCAUGGAUUCUUUUUUAAUUUCAUCUACAAAAGGUGUCUUAAUUUAUUAAGAAUUGGGAGACAUGGCAUAUGUAAUGUUUUCUGUAAUGAGUGGAAUCUAUACCAAUGCAAGAAGUGUGCUUUACAGUUUGAUUA